AUGCCAGGUCGACAGGCGCAUGGGCGGUCCUUGUUGGCCCAGCCAAAGGCAAAGGCUGGCCCCAAGAAGUCCAAGUCAAGAGCGCAGACGAAUGCGCUGAAUGCGUUCAACAUUGCGCAGGAGAGGUUUCCCACCAAAGAUAAGAGAACACCACGUGCACGAGAAUUGGACGCCGAAAUUGAGAAGAAACAUGGACGAGAAGAAGAAGAUGAGGAAGAUGAGGAGGAAGAGGACGGCCCCAAACGAAAGAAGGCCAAGGCUCCGCGGGGUGCGACAACAGACGGCGAUGUGGAGUUUGGCAGCGACAGCGAGGGCAACGAGUGGCAGCUGGGUGGCAUGGCAGACAAUGACGAAGAUUCUGAAAUUGAGAGUGACGAUGCUUUUGGCGAUAGCGACAAUGAGAUGUUUCAGGGCUAUGCCUUCCGCGGGUCAAAGUCUGGCCAGCGCAAGGACGACGACUCGGAGGAUUCCGACGACGGAAAUGAUGACCAAGGCGAAACUCUUGGCGAAGAUGCCAUAGACCUGGCCACAGCUUUAGACCAGUUCGAAGAGGAGUCCGAGGAAGAGCCAGAAGGAGAAGAGGAAGAAGAAGAUUCUGAAUCUGGAGAAGAGGAGGAUUCUGACGAAUCUGACGAGUUUGAAGGCCUUGAUGAUAGCGACGAAGAAGCCGACCCCGCAAAACUUGAGGAGCUCAAAGGUCUUAUAUCCGGCUUUGGAGGUGAAGAAGUUGACGGCGAGAAAGCUGUCUCAUCGUCUGGGCAACAGAAGAUCGAUCUCGGCGAUCUGGGACUGUCUGGAUUGAACGAUCCUUUUAUGAAACAGUCAGUGAAGCUCAUGAAGAAAGAAUCGAAGGAGAAGCGACCCGGGUCGACGAAGAAGCUAGAGGUGCCAUUAUCAAGGAGAGAGCAAGGGCGUAUCGACCGGUCGGCAGCUUAUGAGAAGACAAACGAGACGCUUGAUCGAUGGACAGAGACUGUUAAGCAGAACCGCAGAGCCGAACACCUGGUAUUCCCUCUCCCUCAAAACUCCGAAUCAGCUGGACUCGACCGGACGGAACUUCAGCCUCUGUCGUUGAAGGGUGCUGCGAACGAAUUGGAAGCUACAAUCAUGGGUAUCAUGGAGCAAAGCGGACUGUCUCUGGAGAAGGAGAAGAAGCCUAAGAAGCAGGAGUUUGACGAAGAGGGUAAUCUGCUGACGCGGAAGCAAGCUUUGGAAAAGAAGCGCAUUGAGCGCGAGUUACAUUCCAGGGAAGCAAAACGCGCCGCCCGCAUAAAGAAGAUCAAGAGCAAAGCCUAUCACCGAGUGCACCGAAAACAAAAAGAGCGCGACGAGAUGGCCACCAGGGAGGCCAUGGCUGAGGCUGGCGAGAUCGACUCGGAGGAAGAGAGGGAAGCUCAGGAUCGCAGACGUGCGUUGGAACGAGUGGGUCAGCGUCACAAGGACAGCAAAUGGGCCAAGAUGGGAUCCAAGGCGAAGCGUGCGGUUUGGGAUGACGACUUCCGGGCUGGCUUGACAGAAAUGGCUCGCAAGGAUGAGGAUCUCCGUAGAAGGAAGGAAGGCAAGAGCUCAAGAGGUGACGGAGACGAUUCAGAUGAGACUAGCAGCUCCGGAUCUGAUGACGAUGACGAUAACGCAGACCUGCUGCGACAGCUGGACGAGCUCGAAAAGGAAGACAGUGGGCCCCAGUCGAGAUUAAUGAAGAUGAAGUUUAUGCAAAAGGCAGAGGCGGCGAAGAAGAAGGCAAACGACGACCUUAUCAAGGAAAUUCGCAAAGAGCUCGAUGGAGAUGCGCAGGGUUCUGAUGACGAUGAAGAAAAGGGAGGGGAGGUCGGACGAAGGCAAUACGGCAGCGGAGCGGUCAACCCGUUCUCUAUGCCGCAGAACUCUGCCCGAGCAACCAAGAAGAAGCUCGCCAGGGAUGAUUCUGAAGAAGACGGGGAUGAAAAUACAAGCUUCGCCAACGGUGACGGGGCCCCUCAUAUUUCAAACGGUUCAAUCAACCAUGCCUGGUCGACUACUCCCGCUGAGACGACUUCUUCGAUAGCGGGAGCCUGGUCCAAGGGCGAGUCUCGCCGCAAGAAGUCAGCCCGAGCCGACGACCUCGACCUCAACGCCAACAUCCUCACCGCCGCACCACAACCUUCCUCCAAGCCGAAGGCUUCCAAAAAGACAAAACAGCCUCAAGACGAUGACGACGAAUCCGAAUCCGAAUCCGACUCUGAUUCAGACUCAGACAUCCGCCUGCCAAUGGCUAUCCGAGACAAGGACCUCGUGGCUCGCGCUUUCGCCGGCGAAGAGGUCGUCGCCGAGUUCCAGCGCGAAAAGGACGAGGUUGCUGAAGCCGAUGACGACAAGGUCAUUGACAACACAUUGCCCGGCUGGGGUUCUUGGGUGGGUGAUGGAGUUAGCAGCCGCGAGAAGAAGAGGCACCAGGGUCGAUUCCUCACAAAGGUGGAAGGUAUUAAUAAGAAGGACCGUAAGGACGCCAAGCUAGACAAGGUCAUUAUUAACGAGAAGCGCAUCAAAAAGAACGACCGCUAUCUCGCCGCCCAGCUUCCUUUCCCCUUCGAAUCGCAACAGCAAUACGAACGUUCUUUACGACUACCAGUUGGACCGGAAUGGAUGACCAAGGAGACGUUCCAGGCCAGCACGAAGCCGCGCGUGAUUAUGAAACAGGGCAUUAUUACGCCCAUGUCGAAGCCAAAUGCAUAA